UAUUUUUUUUUUGCUUUUCUUUCUCUCUAUCUCUCUUUCCUCCCUUUCUUUUCGAUUGGUUUUGUGGCAAAGUAAACUAAAAUUGAUAAGCCUUCCAAUCGAAAGUUGGUCUUUUGAUUCACGUCGGAACCAACCCCGAAGUUAUGGAAUCAUCGGAUCGAUUAGAAACCCUAAUUGAGGAGGAGGAAGAAGAAGAUGUCGAUUUCAAUCCUCUUCUAAAAGAAGCUCCUUCCCGUGAAGCCUCUUCCAGUUUGAGCUCUGAUGUCGAAACUCAAGAAGCCAAUGAGGAAACCGCGAUGCAAGUCGAAUCAAUCCCCAAGGUCCAAUCCUCCAAAGAGGAGGAGGAAGAGGAUGAUGCGAUCUGCAAGCGAACCAGAGCUCGUUACUCCCUCGAGAGCUUCACUCUCGACGAUCUCGAGGCUUUCCUCCAAGAGACUGACGACGAGGACGACAUUCCAAACGUCGACGACGAGGAAGAAUACCGCAAGUUUCUCGCCGCCGUUUUAAACAGCGGCGACGCCGACGACGCCCCUGAGGUUCACUCGGCGCAUGACGACGAUGAUGAGGAUAACAACGAUCUAGACUUCGAGAUUGAACUCGAGGAAGCUCUGGAGACUGACGACGACGAACCUACUAUACCUGAAAACCUCACCACCACCAACAAAAAGCAACGGCCUGUGACUAGGCAGAAGAGAAAGAAACAAAGCAUCUCCAGAAUCGAUUCUUCUUCUUCUCCUGAGCAGGCGGCUACUACUAACAGGUCGUUACGCCCUAUCUUACCGUUUGUACAGCCUGUCAGGAUGAUGCUUCCCGCUCCUCCUGAAUCGAUUACUUCUUCCUCCGCAAACAGCAACAGAGGAAUUGUCUUCACUCGAACUCAAUUGGGAGAAUUGCAUUGUUUGUUACAAGAUCACCUUCAGCUUCUAAUCCAGAUCUACUCUCUCUGCGCGCUUGAUCAUUCCCGCCAACGCAUUGGAGCGCAAGUCCAAGGACUUAUCUCUGAGAUGAUCCAACAACAACAACAACACCAAGGAAGUCAUCUUCUUCUCUUUGGUUCAGCUUCACCUGUACUUGCUACUGUGAAUUUAGCUGGCAGAUAUCUAACUGAUGUUUCUACCGCUGUUCAAGAUUAUCGGAGGUGUCAAGUGGAAUCUGGUUUUGAUGCUUUGUCUCAAAGAGUGCCGUUGUUUCCACUUCCUCUCCAGCAUAUCAACGAUCCUCCUUCUAUGCCAUCACCAAAUCAGCAGCAGCAGGCUAAGAAGACGUUAGCGGGUACAGUCGUUGAAUCGGCGAAGAAGCAGUCUGUUGCCUUGGUCCAUAAGGAUAUCGCCAUGUUAGCUAAAAAAUUCCUGCCCUUGUUCAAAGUAUCGCUAUAUCCCCACAAGCCACCUGCUGCUGCCGUUAGCAAUCGGUUCCUUUUCACUGACGCUGAGGAUGAAUUAUUGGCUCUUGGAAUUAUGGAAUAUAACUCUGACUGGAAGGCUAUAAAGCAGCGCUUUCUUCCAUGUAAAGGCGAGCAUCAGAUUUAUAUUAGGCAAAAAAACCGGAGAUCAUCUAAAGCGCCAGAAAAUCCAAUUAAGGCAGUUUUGAGGAUGAAAAGCUCCCCCCUGACCCCGCCAGAGAUAGAACGUAUAGAAGAGGGACUUAGGUACUUCAAAUGUGAUUGGAUGUCGGUGUGGAAAUUCAUUGUGCCUUAUCGAGACCCAUCCACACUGCCAAGGCAAUGGCGAACUGCCCUUGGAAUCCAGAAGUCGUAUAAGCUUGAUGAUGACAAAAAGGAGAAGCGGCGAUUAUAUGAUUCAAAGAAAAGAAUGUCCAGAGAGCAGCCGGCAUCUGCAAAAGAGGACCGUCAUGGUGCUUCUAAGGCCAAUGAAAAUCAUGUUGGACAUGAAUUGGUGGAAAAUUCAGGUGACACAUACCUUCAUGAAGGAUUUUUAGCAGACUGGAGGCCCGGCAUGCCAACUCUCUUUUGUUCUACAUCUAUGCACUCCUUUGGCAAUGCAAAGAAUGUUCUCCGCAAUCAGCCAGUACAAACAUGUAUUGGUGAAGGGUCUAAAACUGCGCAAAUUCUGACAGAUACGCGGAUGCUUGCACCCGGUACCUCAAGAGAACCGAUAAUUAUGCGUUCAUAUCAUCGUGCUCGUAAACUACGCUACAGAAGUGUAGUGAGACUAGCCCCUGAUUUACCUCCACUUAACCUUCCACCUUCGGUUCGUGUCAUCUCACAGUCUGCUUUUGCGAAGAAUCAGUCUGAAACAUCCUCCAAAACUUGUACCGCUAAAGGUGGUAUGUCUGGUGAUUCUGGGAGGGGAGUUUUGGGUACUGAAGCUCCUUGCCUCUCAGCUGACGGAGAUAGCAAUGGUCCCCCUUGUGAAAAAGAUUUGCCUGCAGAGAGCUCCUCUGGGAUGGGCGAGACGGACAAUGACUCAGAUCUUCAAAUGCAUCCUUUAUUGUUCCGGACCCCUGAGCAUGGACAAAUUUCAUGUUACCCUUCAAACAGAGACAAAGGAGGUUCUAGUGCCUUUAGUUUCUUUUCUGACAAUCGACCUCAGCUGCUGAGUCUUUUCAACAGUCCAAGGCAAACCAAUCACUCAUGUGAUCAGUUUCAGAAAAAAACGUCAUCAAAUGAUCACGAGGCAGCACUGGGGGACAGCUGUUUUCAUCCUCUUCUUCAAAGAACUGAGUGUGAAACGAGUUAUAGUGGGCGUGGAAACUUGGACACAGAUAUUGGCAAAAAACGUAAAUUAUUUCAGGAUACUUCUAGUGCUGUUGAGAAGACUUGUAUCCCUGGUGCUGCUUGUAAUGAUGUCAGCCUGAAAUCUGUCAGUUCUAACAAUCAUGCUAAAAAUGUGAACUCAGAGAUCAAUCUAGGUCCGAGAUCUUCUAACGUAAAAGAUAGUGGUAGUGUCUCGGCAGCAAAUAUUUCAGAAGUUCCAGACAUUUCUAUGACUCAACGUGAAGAUGGCUCUGAAAGGCCUGGAUCUACUGCAACAAGUGAUAGAUGCAUUGACGAGAUGACUGAUCAAUCUAAUCUAGGUAUAGUGAUGGAACAAGAGGAAUUAAGUGAUUCUGACGAAGAGACGAUGGAAGAAGAACAUGUCGAGUUUGAGUGUGAAGAGAUGGCUGACUCAGAAGGGGAAGAGGGCUCUGAAUGCGAAGAAAUCAUUGAAAUGCAAGAUAAGGAUAGCAGAAUCUCUGCAGUAGAAGUGGCUUCAACAGAUGUUGGUUCUGGCAAAGAACUAGGCAGAGAUUCCCCAAGCAGUCCUUGGUUAAGUCUGGAUCCCAGUAGCCGUCCCUCAUGUAGUAAGGCUAGGGACAUGGGGAAGUCAGGACCAGCAGAUAAAACGAACAUGACACAAUUUUGUUCUAGUAGAACACGGAGAAAGAGGACACCAAUAAAUAGCAGAGAUGCAGAACCAAAGGAAGAUAUAGGUGUUGCUCGGUUGAGACUGGGUCCUCUUUCACCCUCCCUUUAGUGAAGAAACCAAAGUAGUGUGUCGGACAGGCAGAAACAAGUCCAAGUGUAUUGCAUGUCAAGCAAGAAGUAGUUGGUGGCAACACGACAGUCUAACAAUGUUUCCUUAACACUGAUAUUGAAAGAGCCAAGCUCUUGGAAGAGGAAACUCAAAUACUGGCCAAGCAG